UUUAUUGAAAAAGCUUAGCCUUGUGCAUUGAGGCAUGUCUUCCCUGCCAAGGUAAUUUUUUUUGCUAAAUCCGACACGGAACCAACCAAUUCCGAUGACUAUUGUCAUUAAACUGAGAUGCGAUAUCACUUACAAUUUAUCUUAUCAGAGAGAUUAUGUACACAAGUGUUAAAUUUGUACCGUGUAAUGGACAACACAUCACGUACCGCGCAAACGGGUGCCGCGUACACCUGCGGAAAUUUCCUCAAAUUCAUAACUACCAGGAACAUAUGGCUUCGAAAGAGUUAACACUUAGCUUCCACAACCUAAUCAAGCGAGAUGAGGAACUAUACAGCUACACAAAUUACGGUAUGGACACCCCGACUCCAUCAUCAGCCCAGGACUGCCUGCAGAUGUUCACCAAGUUCGACUCCAAUCCUGGGCCGGAUUCCGACUUUGACCUGAGCCUGGCUGUUCCGGAGUCGCUGUCAAUGAUUGAAACUGAUAAGAGUGGGAAGGAAGAGACUGAUGCUGUUGCCACACAAUCCAAUUCCGUGCCAUACAAAACCGUCCAUGACCCACCGAUCAAGUUUAACUCGGUACACAGGAAAGUGUUCAUUCCCGGCGUGGAGAUCAAGGUUAGGAUAGAAGAGAACGAGCGCAGCGUGACUACACACUUACUUAACCCUAAUUUAUACACAAUAAACCUCCAACACGGCGACUUCACAUGGACGGUCCGCAAGCGCUACAAGCACAUCUUGUACCUGCACCAGCAGCUGACGCUGUACCGCGCGUCGCUCGACAUCCCCUUCCCCACCAAGACGCACAAGUCGCGCCGCGCCAGCUUCAAGAACACGCUCCACGACGAGGAGAAGGCCGAGAAGGUUGCACUGGAGGCCUUACCACGAAGUCAGUCGAAGAAAAUGGCGCGCCCGAGAAAAAGAAAAGGCGCAUUGCCCAGAUUUCCUAAGAAACCAGAGGUGAUGGUCACAUACGAGGGAAUACAACUAAGAAUGAAGCAGCUAGAAGAAUAUUUAUACAAUUUACUCAAUAUUUCUAUUUAUAGAAACCAUCACGAGACGGUCAAAUUCCUCGAAGUGUCAAACCUGUCGUUCAUAUCAGAUUUCGGGUGUAAAGGCAAAGAAGGCAUGGUGCUAAAACGAACGGGUUCCACCCAACCUGGGCAAGCAGGGUGUAACUGCUUUGGACUACUAGGAACUGCAGUUUGUGUUAGAUGUAACUAUUUCUGCACGGGUCUGGUCUGCGCGAAGUGGCAGGAGCGGUGGUUGUUCGUCAAGGACACGUUCUUCGGCUACCUGCGGCCCAGCGACGGCUCCGUCAAGGCCGUCAUGCUGUUCGACCAGGGCUUCGAAGUAUCAAGCGGCAUGUACUCCACCGGUCUGAACCAUGGCCUGCAAAUCCUGAACCAGAGCCGGCAGAUGGUCAUCAAAUGCUGGACGAAACGGAAGAGCAAGGAGUGGAUGCAGUACCUCAAGGCUGUUACCAAUCAGACUGCUCGAGAAUUCACCCACCCCAACGUCCACCAUUCGUUCGCGCCGCCGCGCGCCGCCACGGCGGUGGGCACCCUCGUGGACGGCUCGCCCUACCUGGCCGCCGUCGCCGAGGCCAUGGAGCUCGCUCAGGAAGAAAUAUUCAUCGCCGACUGGUGGCUCAGUCCAGAGAUAUAUAUGAAGAGGCCUGCUCUUAAUGGAAAUUAUUGGAGGCUGGAUACGAUACUGAAGAGGAAAGCGGCCCAAGGCGUAAAGAUCUUCAUAAUGCUGUACAAGGAAGUGGGGAUGGCGCUCGGCAUCAACAGUUUCUACAGCAAGAGCAGAUUGGCCAGCGAGAAUAUUAAGGUUUUCCGUCACCCAGACCACGCGCGCGGCGGGAUCCUGUUCUGGGCGCACCACGAGAAGAUCGUCGUCGUGGACCAGUGCGUCGCCUUCCUCGGGGGCAUCGACCUCUGCUAUGGCCGUUGGGACGACUACAAACACAGGCUGACAGACCUGGGCAACAUCGCGCAGACUACGAACUCAAUCAAAACGAAGAAGAAAACGUCGAGCUCCCCCGGCGGCGGCAUGUUCCACGCCCAGAACGGCGGCGACGUCACCCUCGAGCUCGCCAAACACUCUAGGGACAUCAUCAUUGGGGCUAAUGAUACCAUCCAAAUCGAAACCACAGAAGCAGAAGAAGAAACCGAAUCAACCAUCAAUCCCAACACCCCCGACCCGGACCUACCGCAACUCCAACCUGGCGACCACUUACUAAUAACACAAAACACGCGCACAGACAAAGAUGACAGCCCAGUGGAAAGGAGAAACGUACUCAAUAAAAUAACAGAACGAUCUAAAGAUAUAUUGAGUAUCGUGUAUCCGCCUUAUGAGGAGGAGAGGAAUGAGAGGGAGUUUGAUGAUUCAGAGAGGAAAAAGGCGGAGAAAUAUGCGCAGUCCAAUGAUCAGGUGUUGCUGACUGACGCGUUAACUACAAAGGGAAUGGUGACCAGAAGUAAAAGCGUGAGCAAGCCGCCGCCCCUGGCGCAGGUGGUGGAGGGCCGGGUCAUCACCGAGAGCACCAAGGUCCGGCUGGAGGGCAUCGAGGGCAACUCCAAGCUGUGGAUAGGCAAGGACUACACGAACUUCAUUGUUAAGGACUUCAAUAGUCUGGAUCUCCCUUUUGUUGACCUUGUGGACCGCAACUCAACACCCAGAAUGCCGUGGCACGACAUCGGAGUGGUCGUGCAAGGCGCGGCGGCCAGGGACGUCGCGAGGCACUUUAUACAACGAUGGAACGCUAUUAAACUAGAGAAGGCCAGACAAAAUGCGAGCUACCCAUACCUCCUGCCGAAAACGUACUCCGAGAUCAAACUGUUGCCAGACCUGGAAAAGUAUCUGAAUACCGACAUCCACAAUAUGUCAUGCCAGGUUCUACGCAGCGUGUCGAGCUGGUCCUGCGGGUUCCUGGACCCGGACACGGUGGAGCAGAGCAUCCACGAGGCCUACGUCGACACCAUCACUCGCGCGCAGCACUACGUCUACAUCGAGAACCAGUUCUUCAUCACGCUGUCGCGCACCAGCCAGGCGGUGAGGAACCAGAUAGGAGAAGCGUUGUUCAACCGGAUAAUGCGCGCGCACCGCGCCGGCGACACGUUCCGCGUGUUCGUGGUGAUGCCGCUGCUGCCCGGCUUCGAGGGGGAGGUGGGCGCGCCCUCGGGCACCUCGCUGCACGCCGUCACGCACUGGAACUACCAGAGCAUCUGCAGGAGCCGGGAAGCCAUCCUAACGCGCCUCUACGAAGCGGACGUGUCGGACCCCUCCCAGUACAUCACGUUCCACGGCCUCCGCACGCACUCCACCCUCGAAGGCGAACCCGUCACCGAGCUUAUAUACGUGCACUCUAAACUACUCAUAGCGGAUGACAAGACCAUUAUAUGUGGGAGUGCGAACAUCAACGAUAGGUCCAUGAUUGGGACUAGGGAUUCGGAGAUCGCUGUGCUACUGCAAGAUGAGAGCUUCACCGAGGGCACCAUGAACGGCCAGACCUUCCCGUGCGGCCGCGUGGCCGGCGCGCUCAGGAAGCGACUCUUCAGGGAGCACCUCGGCCUCAUGGAGGAGGACCUGGACCGCCUGCAGCUCCGGCUGGACGACCCGUGCUGCGAGCAGUUCUACAGGCACGUGUGGCAGAGCUUCUCUAAGAGGAACACCGAUGUGUACGAGGAGGUAUUCCACUGCCUCCCCACCGACGCCGUCCACUCCUUCGCCGAACUAAAGAAGUACCAAGAAGAGAACAAGCACUCCCUCUGGCACAGCGACCCGGCGCUCGCGAACCGGAAGAUAGACCUCAUCCAGGGCAACCUGGUGGACAUGCCGCUCAACUUCCUCUGCAACGAGGUGCUCACGCCGAGGACCACCAGCAUGGAGGGCAUGAUGCCCACUGCUUUAUGGACUUAAAUCUUAAGGCAAGAUUUUUUUUAAACCAAGCAUAGCCGCCUGAUGAUAAGCGGGCACCAUAGCCUAUGGACGUCUACAACUCCAGGGUUGUUACGUGCUCGUUGACUCUGUAAAAACCUGUACACUCCUUUUUUGAAAAUUCCUUACUGUAGUUUCUCGACAAAACCUCAGCAGGCCUUAUUCUACAGCCGGAGCGUUCGCGGGAGGAAAUUCUUCUAAAACCGCACAGUGCGUGACCAUUUCGGUUCUAGGGUGUGAGGAUGCAAGCGGUGCGGUGGAUUUGGAAAGGAAAUAAAAAAACUUUAUUUUUUUCACCUUAUAAAUGCUAUUUUGCACCUUAGAAAUUAAUAUUGUUGUACAAAAUAAGUUAUCCUUAUUAAAAUACAAUACCAAUUGAAAAAUAAACUAAAAAUUAAUUAAUAAGAAAUGCGGCUAUGUAUUACAAAUGUACUGAAUAAUCUGUUCACGCCGUAUUUUGUUGAAUUGAGCGCAAAAAGCACUAAGGCUGACUGAUGAAGUAGCAUGACAAAUAUGAACGUUUCCGAAUAAAUGCGAUGAGAAAGAAUUAUUCACUACAUCUGUACCCGCUGACUCGCUUUUUGCCUAAGCGUGAGAAUGUGAACAUUAGUAACAAUUCGAUGAAAACAAAAUGAUGAAAAAAAAGGUUUUUUUUUAAGUUGUGCAAUCUGGCUACUUCUACUGUUCGCUGGCCAACAAGUCUGCCGCUCCAAGUAUACGUACGUGUAACGGCAAUACGUAACAUUCUAUUGAUCCUAACUAUAUUCAAAGUAUAACAUUUUUGUAGGAUCCACAAGCAGAUGACCACAUGACUAUCAUUCAUUUAUCUAAAAUAUUAACCCUUUUCCAGGCCGCACCAAUCUACAAGGGUUUCCCAAAAAAUUAAAAUAUAUUCCAAUAAAUCCCGCUUUGAUGAUUCAUUUGAAGACAAGUCACAUUUUCCGAAAGUGCAAUCUAAUUUGAACUUUAAAUCUGAUUACUAAGGUUGAAAUUCUAUUGGCGCGUAUGUGGUCGAUAAAUCGUACUAUGCCUGGAAAAGGGUUAAAAAGUAUCUCAUACCCAAAUUAAACACAUACACGGUCUUGUAAGAACGCGACAUUUAAGGUCAUUUAGAGUCAGACCAAGUUAACUUUGCAGCGAUUUCGAUAGUCCAGGCGGUACAAGUGUCAAGUAAACGUCAUAAUUUCAUACAAGUUUGACGUUUAAAAUAACCCGUGCACCGUAUGGGCUAUCAAAAUUGCUGCAAACUUAUCUUGGUUUGAUUCUUUCUUUCUUGUUUUUUUUUGUUUCUUGUUAUGAAAAGAUAGUUUACCGGUUCGUGGCGACGCGGCUAUAAUAAUUGUCUGUUUAAAUUGAUUUUUCUUAGUGAAUAACAUGUUUUUAAAAGGUAAAAAACAAUACAGUAAUGAUUCUCGUCCGCUAGAACAGUAUAAAAAUGAUUUUGACUUUUUUUUAUUGAGUUUUGACGGGUAAUUUUCCGUACUAAUUUUGCUACAAUAAGUUAAAAAAAAAAACGAGCAUAUUGGAGUAAAGCGAGUUUCCGUUCUAUAAAUUGAAUAUGUUUUUCAAAUAUUGUAUAAUAUCAAGGAAUGAAAUAAGAUAAAAAUAAGUAACAAGGUGUUUUUUUUUUUUAAUAGUAGUAUUAAAUUGUACUGAACUAUUUCUGAGGUGCCUCUAAAAUUCCUAGUUUCAUUUGUGUUUAUAAUAAUCUUUAAAGCUCCGCACAACAUGCAUUUUAGUACUUCAAAAUUAGAGUUUUGGACACUAUGAGUCCAAGGGUCAAAAUUCUUGUCUUGUUUCUGACCACUGUCACGCUUCCAUUUUUGUCUUUUUUGAAAUGAAUAAAAAAAGUUUAGUGUAAAAUUAAAUGUUAUCUGAAUAUAUUUAUCGAAUAAACGUAAUAUUAUGGUAAAGUGGAGAGAAAUUUAUAUAUGAUUUACCAUUAAUCGGUGGUGCUUGUUCAUAAUUUAUGUUAUGUCAAGUUCCUAUAGAUUUAAGUAGGGAUAGUGAUGUAGUACUUCAAGUAGGUAAAAAAGUUGAGGAAAAAAUAACCGUAUCAAAAUUACUUGACCCCCUUUCAACGUUUAAGAAUUUAGAGAGAGAGAGAGAGAGAGAGA